AUGGGGAAGCCCCGGCAGAGCCCAGCGCUGGGUUCCGUGAACUGUGACCUCACCGUCCGUAUCCAGGCAGCCGUGGAAUCCUGUUCAGGGUUCCCCCUUGGUUCCAGCACUGGAAUUCCUGCGGCAGUCCCAGCUGGUCAUGCUGGAGGACGAGCACCAUCAGGACAGCUCCAGAAUUCCGCUCCAGACCGUCGGGUGAGUCUCUGCAGCUUCGCUGCGGAUUUGUCCCUCACUCCUGGCUUUGCCUGCUUGGAGUCAGUGCCCCUUCAGAUCACAGUACUCAAUGAAAAAUACCAGGAGAAAGCAGCAGAGACUGAGAAGAUGGUUCAAAGUGCUCAGCGGCAGUGGGAAGAGGAGCAACAAAGAUUUGUUGUGGAGAGGGAUAACACCCUAAGAGAACACCUUGCUAGAAUGGAAUUCCUUGUUAAAGAAAAAACUGAAACAGAAAUGGCUUGUAAGAGGGAGCUGUCCAUCCUCCUGAACUUGUACCAGAGCAUGGCAAAUGCCCACGUGCUUGCCAAACAGACAAAUGUCCCCUUGGAAGAGUUACCUUGGACAGAGUUUUGUGCACUCUUGCAUGAGAAUGUUGAAGCCCUGAUCUUGAACUUCCACAAGGCUAACGAGAGGAUAGCUCAUCUAGAAUAUAUUUGCAAGCACAAGACUGACACCAUGAACUUUCAGCAGAACCAGGAGGAUGCUUUUAAGAAAAUGUCUGAACAGUUAAAAGCACAGGAACAUUUCUGGCAGAAAGAAAAGCAAUAUCUUGAAGAGAGGUACUCAAAUCGCCUUGCAGAAAUUCAAGCCAGAGCACAGGAAUGUGAAGAAACGGCCCACAAAAACAGGGGGAAACUGUAUGGCCUUGAACAAAUCUGCGAGCAACUGGCCCAGGAAAACAAUUCCAUGAAAAAUACAUUAUUAGAUGCUUUCAAGGCACGCUCAUCCCUGCUGGCAGCCUGUGCGCUGCUGUCAGGGGCCCUGUGUCCCCUCUACGGCCGACUGAGCGCUAUGUCUUGCCAAAGAGACAUUCUCCAGGAGCAGGUGAACCAGCACCAAUUAUUGAACCAGAAGAUCAUCAGGCUCCUUUGUGGUCUCCCUACUAUGGUGGAAAGCAACGAUGAAGGCAGGCUGAGGCAGAGAAGAGCCAAGAGCCUGGUUUACGUGUUCCGAAGGGCUGUGAUUGCAGUUCUGGCUGCUAACAGGCUGAGGGCUCUGGCCAGAUAUUCUUGUACCUUUUUCGUCUGGACAGAUGGCUCCAGAGGAAGCAAUGGAAUUCAAGUUUGUGUGGGAGAAUCCAGAGGCAGGCAUAUGUCACGUUUUGAAGAGGAAGGAGUUGACUGUGAUGAAGCACUUCACUGGUUGAGUAGCUCUAACCUUUAUACUGCAAUAAUCAGCUCCAUCUCAGAACUGGAACAUGUUCUCAGCAAACAAGAUGCACACCUCUGGCCUUCUGGACACUCACUUAUCAGUACAGCCAGGAGCUGCUUUGCAAAACUGAUGGGCAACCUGAGCGUACUGAUGGAGACAGCUCAAGGGAGCAUUCACAGGUGCAGAGCUUACCUGGAGAGGGACUCCCUGAUACAGAGGCUGGCUCGUGGGCUCAACAGAGUAAAUGUCCAGGCCCUGGAAGCUGGAUUGUAUGACAGACUGCCCAGCACAAGAAACAUAGCAAUCUUGCAGCAAGAAAUAUUUAGAUUUUCACAAAAGCUUCAUGCAGCAGAGGCAGAGUCCCACACACUGCACCUGCAGCUUGCAGAAUGCAGAUGGGCUUUCAAUGAGAUGCAAAAAGAUGCUGAAAAAGCCCAGAGACUGCAGGAGCAAUUAAAUGAACUUCAGCAUAGAAUCAACAAAGACAAUAUACACGAGGAGUUAGAGAAUGCUUUGCAGCGUGAGCACGAGGCAAGAUUGCUUCUAGAAGAGCACCAGCGACGGCUUCAGGAGCUGAGUAGCAGACUGGAAUCACUCUCAUUUACUGACAUAGAUAAAAGCCAAGUCUCCAAUUUACCUCUGAUGAGCCUCCCUAAUGCAAUGGAGGAGCUGAGGAAAAGAGAGCAAGUCCUGGAUCACCUGAAGAGACUCCUGAAAGACAUGGAGCAAGACCGGCAGCAGCUGCAGGAGACUCUCCAGGAGGCAGAACUUGCCAUCCAAGAGGGAGCAAAAGAUGAAGAGUUGAUCAUGAAUCGUAUGAAAGCUGUGGAGGCUGCCCUGAAUGAGUCUUUAUAG